UAUGAGUUCAUGGCGCUUCUGCUUCGGGAAUCCUCUUUCCUAAAUCACCUAUAGCACUCGCUAAACGGAUCUCCACACCGAAGGCUGCAAAAAAAGGAAAUCUUCGAUCCCGCCAGCAGUCCGAUAUAUCGAUCUGCAACCAGCUGGGCAUGGCAUCGUGGCGAAGAUGACCCUCGCGAUCGGAGUGCUUGCCCUCCAGGGUGCAUUCGCCGAGCACAUUCAGCUGCUGCGGCGUGCCGUAGCUGAAGCGUCCGUCUCUGCGCCACUGCAGGGAAGCACAGCUGAGUCCAUCGGAUUCGAAUUCGUCGAGGUGCGCACGCCAGGCGAGCUCGCGAGAUGUGCGGCACUCAUUAUUCCCGGCGGCGAGAGUACCAGCAUAGCCCUCAUCGCCGAGCGAACCGGCCUCCUCGAGCCCCUGCGAGACUUUGUCAAAGUGCAACGGAAGCCAGUAUGGGGAACUUGCGCGGGCCUGAUUCUGCUGGCCGAGAGUGCCAACAAGACCAAAGCCACCGGACAGGAUCUCAUCGGCGGGCUGGAUGUGCGCGUGCAUCGCAACUACUUCGGCAGGCAGGUGGAGUCUUUCGAGGCUGAUUUGGAUCUGCCCUUUCUGGGAGAAGACGCGGGUACUUUUCACUCGGUCUUUAUUCGUGCGCCGGUGGUGGAGAAGGUGUUGUCUGCCUCUUUGCCCGUUGACCAUACGGAGGACAUGGUCACUGCUCCCGCGAGAAAGGCGACUGCGGCUCCUGUGGAGAUUUUGGCGAGACUGCCCGGCCGGGCGAGGGCGCUGAGGGAUAGAAGCACCACUGCGGAGGAUCUUGGCGAGGACGGAGAUAUCGUUGCGGUCCGGCAGGGCAACGUCUUCGGUACGGCGUUCCACCCCGAACUCACAGACGAUGCUCGCAUCCACGCAUGGUGGCUGCAGCAGGUUGUCAACUCCACAGUCAUAUGAAGGAAUGAAGCUUCUGCAUAGAGUCAUUAAAAGACUUGAUAGACUUAGACCCUACAACAACUAGAGCU